AUGGUAAUGGGUUCCAGCUCAGUCCGUCCUCAGAAGAAACGUGGUCGACUUCCGUGUAGAAAGAAGUACGAGUGCGACCUUUGUGGGCGGAUCUGUAGCAGUCCGUCCACCUUGAAGAUCCACAUCCGCUGCCACACCGGCGAGAAGCCGUUCAGCUGUGAGGACUGUGGGCGGAGCUUCAGCGUGCAGCGGAGUCUGACGGUGCACCGCCGCAUCCACACGGGGGAGCGGCCGUUCAAGUGCGAGGACUGCGGCAAGGGCUUCAUCACCACAACGAGUCUGACCAUCCACCGCCGCGUCCACACCGGUGAGAGGCCGUACGGCUGCGACCUGUGUGGCAAGGGCUUCAGGAUCAAGACGGAGCUGACCCACCACCGCCGCAUCCACACCGGCGAGAAGCCAUUCUGGUGUGAGACCUGCGGGAAGACCUUCGCCCUGAAGCAGCAGCUGCAGAUCCACGAGCUCAUCCACACCGGGGGCAAGAGGGCCUUCUGCAAGGUCUGCGGAAAGGGCUUCUCUGGCAGCAACACCCUGAAGGCCCACCUCCGCGUCCACACCGGCGAGAAGCCAUACGGCUGCGACCUGUGCGGACAAGCUUUCCUCAGUCCGUCCUCCAUGACGAUCCACGUCCGCACCCACACCGGCGAGAAGCCGUUCAGCUGUGAGGACUGUGGGCGGAGCUUCAGCGUGCGGCGGAGUCUGACGGUGCACCGCCGCAUCCACACGGGGGAGCGGCCGUUCAAGUGCGAGGACUGCGGCAAAGGCUUCUACAUCAAGUCAAGUCUGACUGUUCACCGCCGCAUCCACACUGGCGAAAAGCCGUAUGGUUGCGACCUGUGCGAGAAACGCUUUACCACCAAGCAGUGUCUGACCAUCCACCGCCGCAUCCACACCGGUGAGAAGCCAUUCUGGUGUGAGACCUGCGGGAAGACCUUCUCCCAGGAGCAGCAGCUGCACCUCCACGAGGCCGUCCACACCGGGGGCAAGAGGGCCUUCUGCAAGGUCUGCGGAAAGGGCUUCUCCUGCAACGAGACCCUGAAGAUCCACCUCCGCGUCCACACCGGCGAGAAGCCGUACGGCUGCGACCUGUGCGGACAGGCCUUCGCCACCGGCAACGAGCGCCGCUUCCACCGCCUGGGCCACCGCUUCGAGAGCCUGGUGGGCAGGGUUCCGCAGCACAAAGCUUUUGUCAAGCUGUCUUCAUCAUCACAGACUUCAUUACCACGGAGCCUUCAGGGCCCUUGAGGUCCUUGGUUGUCCCAGGUGGGCCUUGGUGGUCCUCUGUUCACCUCCGAGGACCUCAGGGGUCCGCAGUGGUCCUGAGUCACGGUGGUGAAGUUCUGUCAGUAAAAGAUUUCAAUCGUGUUGAUCGUUGAUCAGUUUCUUUACAGAUGACAUUGUUCUGUACACCACGAAUGAUCUAUAAAAAAGAAGCUGAAUCUGACACAUUGUCUGUGUGUUUGUGUGUG